GGAGGCUUGUCUGGGGUGUGGACUUAAAAAGAAGGCAGGGUAAAAGUAGGCGGAUGGGUAGUUUCUUGUGUUUGCGCAUUUAGACGGAGUCUGAAAUUAGUAUCCUUGAGAGCAGGAGGAAUUAGACCCGAAGAGACAAACAGGACAUCCAACAGACAGUCAUCAUGCUGAUUCUUCUCGCUGGCAUCUUUGUCCUCCACAUCCUGUGCAUCAUCCUCCUCCUGGUGGCUACUAUUGACAAUGCCUGGUGGAUCACCGAAGACAUGCACACCGACGUCUGGGCCCGGUGGAUUCUGACAAACGGAGUGUGGAACUACACCGACCUUCCCACGGGCUCACACUACCCAACAGACUACCUCCAGGCAGUGCAGGCCAGCUCGGUGCUAGCUUGUAUAUUCUCCAUCAUUGGAGUCUUUGUGUUUGUGGCUCAGCUCUUCACCCUCACCAAGGGACAAAGAUUCACCAUUUCCGGCAUCUUUCAGUUCUUUGCCUGCCUGUGCAUCAUGAUCGCAGCCUCCAUCUACACAGACAUCUUCCACAAGGACGAGAGCACCGGUGGGUACGGUCACUGUUUCAUCCUGGCGUGGAUCGCCUUCGGCCUCACGUUCAUCUCCUCCAUCAUUUAUUUUGUGCUACGCAAGAAGACGGCGUGAGAAAGACACUAGAAAGCCCAAAAUACGUGACCGGAUCUACACUUUCAGCUAAAAUCUGUUGUAGUUUUUUUAUAUUGUUCGAGAUUGGUUUUUAAUAUUUGUCUGUUGUGGGCGUUAGAUUUGAGCUGCAAGUGUAUAUUCAGCCAUAGACAUCCCCUCAAAUACCUGCUAGUGUUUCACUGAGUGUGUCUGCGGUUGUAGUUAGUCAGUCAGCCAGCCAAUCAGUCACAGCUGUAGAGAUUUGUCUGGAUUCAUUGAGGGCAUCCCGAGAUAUAUUUUUGUCGUUAACCGAAUUUCGUAAAAAGGCCUUGAUGUUUAUAAGAUAAAUUAAAAUCUAUCUAUAUUCGAAAAAAGAAGGUUGAGUACAAUCUGUGGUCUUUUAUUUUUAUGUACAUUUAUAUAUGUGUUAGAUGAAAAGGGGUGAGUUUUUUUUUUUUGUUAAUUUGCAAUAUUUUUAUUGUUAGUUUAUUAAUUUUUAGUUCAUAUAUCUGUCGUGGACACACUUCAUAUAACGUGACAUUAAAGAAGAUCUCACUAUGUGAAUUAUAACGUGACCAAAUGCCAAAACGCUGUCUGUUUGCGAACAUAAAAGACACAUGUUGUGGAUCUCUGUGUAAUCUAAAAAUGACUAUGCAAUGAUAUAAAGUAUAAAAACUAUAAUGUAAUACAAGUAUUUGUGAUUUAGAAAGACCAAAAAUAACCAAAGAAAACCAUAUGCAUACACUGUAAGUCUACCUAAAGCUCAUUACACUACAUUUAUGCUGACAUUUGUUUUAAAUUUCAGUUGUUUUAGUUUUCUAAAUGCAGCAAACACACAAUUAAAUCUGAAAGAUGAUCAUUACAUGAAAAUAAUAUCUUUUAUAGCUAUAAAUCCAACCAUGUCCUGGUAACACAUCGCUCCUUCACUUUUCAUAGACCGGUUCAAAGUCACAGGAAGACGACCGACUUGUGUAAAUACGACUCAUUUCCCACAGUGCUCUGUACGUGUGAUUUUAUUUUUGCUAUUAUUACUUGUCUUCAGGAAUGAUUUGUACACUAUUAAAACUUGAUUUUUAAACAA